AUGCCUUCAUUACAGCAUCGUCAUAUAGGAAAAUAUUCCACCAUUUCAUCGGAGACAUAUCUAAAUCAUUAUUUUGAUAAUGCUGAGGAUGGGGAUGAAUUUUCAGUCUCGACAGUGUCUUCUAGAAACAAUAGUGAUAUUAAUAUCACAAGCAAUAUUACCACUUCUACAGAUAGCAGUAGUACUAUUAACCAUCAUUAUAUCAGGAAUGACAGUAAUUUCAAUAGCCACUAUAGCUUAAUCAAUCCUAAUGGAAAACAUCAUUUGACCAAAUUUGAUCCAGAGGAAUCUAUCUCUAAUAAUGAAAUCAUAUUACCUCCUUUGAAUCUGAUGGAAGAAAUUGUACUUUUGGGUCUUAAGGAUAAACAAGGUUACCUUUCCUUUUGGAAUGAUAACAUCUCUUAUGUAUUAAGGGGAUGUAUAUUAAUCGAAUUAGCUCUUCGGAAAAAAAUUAAAGUCAUUGAUGAUCCUGUAAGAAAUAUGUAUGAUGUUUCUGCAAGAAUCAUCGAAGUAGUUAUGCCAAUUACAAAAACAGGUAAUCAUCUUUUGGACGAGGCUUUAAAUAUGAUGGCGAAGGAAAGACCAGAAUCUAUCAUGAAUUGGAUCGAUCUAUUGAGUGGAGAGACAUGGAACGUCUUUAAGAAUAAUUUACAAUUGAAAAACGUCAGAGAAAGAGUUUCUAAAGGGUUAGUUGAUAAGGGUAUAUUGAAAAAUAAUACUUCUAAUUUUUUAUUUUUCGAUAUGUCAACACAUCCUUUAGUUGAUAUUGGUUCCAAAGAAUCGGUAAAACAAAGAAUUUUUUCCAUAUUAGUACCUAAGCAUUCAUAUUUGCUUUAUAAUAAUUACUUCCCUGAAAAUGUUACUUUCAAAAUCAUUAGAUCGUUAUGUCUCAUAUGCUGUGCAUAUGGUGCAGAUGUACUAGAUGACACUUUAUUAACCAUGAAUUAUGAUGAUUCAGAUAAUGCUUUUAAAAAAGCAGAAAAAUUAUUCGAAACAAUCUCUGAUUUUCCCAUUAAUUUAGAUCAACGAGAAGGUUCAGGGGUUCCUGUUGAUAUAAUCAAAGAUUUACAAAGUGAGUUGUUACAACAUUCAGGAGAAAGUUUAUAUUUGGAAGUAGUCGCGGGAGUUCUUCAAGUAAUUUUAAGAAUGGAUUCUCUGUUAUAA